AUGCCUUCCGAUCUCUGCCCCGUCUACGCCCCCUUCUUCGGUGCCAUGGGCUGCACCGCCGCCAUUGUCUUCACCUGCUUUGGUGCUGCCUACGGUACCGCCAAGGCUGGUGUUGGUAUCUCGGCCAUGGGUGUCCUCCGCCCUGACCUGAUCGUCAAGAACAUCAUUCCCGUCAUUAUGGCUGGUAUCAUUGCCAUUUACGGUCUGGUCGUUGCUGUCCUGAUCUCCAACGAUCUUACCCAAAGNAUGGCCCUCUACACCGGUUUCAUUCAGCUCGGUGCCGGUCUUUCCGUCGGUCUUGCCGGUCUCGCUGCCGGUUUCGCUAUCGGUAUCGUUGGUGAUGCUGGUGUCCGUGGUACCGCACAACAACCCAGACUCUUCGUCGGAAUGAUUCUUAUCCUCAUUUUCGCUGAAGUCUUGGGUCUUUACGGUUUGAUUGUUGCUCUUCUCAUGAACUCGAGAGCUCUUCCCGCCGAGUGCUAA